GAACGACUGCAAAUCCCCAAAUCCAAAUCACCUGCAAAUCCCAUGGCUUCUCUAAUUAGGAAUCUGAAGAUAAGAUCAAUUUUCUUGUAUUCCACUCUCAAUUAAUCGACCAGGUUUCUUCAAUUACGAAAAUUUUGGUGUGUUCCACUCUCAAUUAAUCGAUCAGAACAUUCAGAAGCUAAGCUAAUGGAUUCAAGAGUUCAACCAGAGGAGGAAGCUUUAGAAGCGAAUUUGAUUGAUGAUAUUGAUGCAAAUGGGUAUUUAGUCGUACAUAGCGAUUCCGAUGUUGAAGUAGAGAAUAUAAAAGAUUUUAAGUUUGAGAAAGAAGUAGAUGAUAAUGUGAUCGGGCAGGUAUUUGAUACUCUUGGUGACGCAUAUGAUUUCUACAAUCGCUAUGCAUUUGUACAUGGGUUUGGAAUACGUAUUCGUUCGACUUUUAAGGAUAAGACAACAAAUGAACCUUAUAGGAGGAAAUAUGUAUGCAACAAAGAGGGGUUUAAAGAUUUAAAGCGUGAUAGUUCUAAAGGAGAUGUCAAACGUCGUAGGGAAUUAAGGACCGGAUGUGAAGCAUUUCUUAGGAUUUCAAAAGGUAAAGAUGGAAAAUGGCUAGUAGAUAAAUUUAAUGAUUCACACAAUCAUGAACUAACUAUUACUCCAACCAAAGUUAUGAAACACCGGUCUCAUGAGAAGUUUCACCGCGCAGAAGCUUGCAAAUCUCUAAUGUCAGAACUUAGUCAAUCCGGGUUGAAGCCUAGUCAAAUCUGGAAGGUCGUGAACACCAUGAAAAGUCCAUGUGAAAAUGAUGUCACAUCAAAGCAAUGUGCUGAUAUCUUAGCUGUUGAACGGAAACAAUACAAAGGCAAGGAGUUCUAUGGGCUUAUUAAGCAUUUCCAAGAUAAACUAAUAGAAGAUCGAAACCUCUAUUUUGUUGUGGAUUUAUCUGAGGAUGGAUCUCCAAGAAAUAUUUUUUGGGCUGAUGGGAGAUCAAGAGACGCGUAUAUCAAGUUUGGAGAUGUUGUUGUGUUUGAUGUCACAUACAUGACCAACAAAUUUAAGAUGCCAUUUGCUCCUUUUGUCGGGGUAAAUCAUCAUCGCCAGUCCAUACUUUUCGGUGGUGCGCUAUUGGAGAAUGAGAAGCAAGACACUUUUGAAUGGUUAUUUAAAAAUUUCUUGAAGUGCAUGUUUGAUAAGUAUCCCUCAGCGAUGAUUACAGAUCAAGAUAAAGCUAUCUGCAAUGCAAUACAAAGUGUUUUUCCAAACACUCGACAUCGUUAUUGUUCAUGGCAUAUUAAGAAACAUGAGACCGAACAUCUUCGACCUCUAAAAGUUCAUUAUAGUGACUUUGAAGAGUUACAUAGGCAGUGGGUAAAGAGUAAUACAAUUGAAGAAUUUGAAAGUCGUUGGGAAUUUUUAUGUGGUAAAUAUAAUUUUCAAAGCGGCAGUUGGAUAAUGGAGAUGUAUAACCAACGUAAAUAUUGGGCUAAAGCCUUCUUGAAAGAUUGUUUUUUUGCUGGCAUGACAUCAAGCGGAAGAAGUGAGAGUAUUCACUCUUUUUUUGAUGGAUAUGUAAAUUCCAAGACCAUGUUGAAUGAGUUCGUAAUACAGUAUGAUAAAGACUUCAAGACCAUGAACUCCAAGCCAGUUCUUUCUUCUGUUAAUUUGAUAGAGGCAAAAGCGAGUUCACGUUACACAAGAAAUCUCUUUGAUGUAUUCAAAAAGGAAUGGAUUGAAGCUACCUUCAAUUUAACUCAUGAGACCAUAAGCAAGACUUCUGAAGAAAUCAUAUAUAAGGUUGGACAACUGGAUAUAGAUAAAAUAUAUUGGAGAAAUGUUAACUUCCGUGCCUCAGAUAAGAUGGAUGUUACAUGUUCAUGUGCAAAGUUUGAAACAUAUGGGAUAUUAUGCAAGCAUAUCUUAUAUGUCUUGAAGAAGAGACAUGUUGAAACUCUACCUGAUUAUUAUAUUUUACCUAGGUGGACUCUAGAUGCAAGGUAUAAGGUGGAUAAUUGCACUAUUGGGCUCGAAGACACACAUAAUGAGAAUGAAGUAAGUGGGUUAACUUUAUGGUAUGUUCAAUCAAAUUUUAGAAAAAGCGAUCGAACAAGCAAGAGACUCCCCGACUGAGAUAAAGAAAUUAAACAUUAUCCUUUUGAAUUUUUUAGAAGAGCAAAGUAUUCGAACAAGGUCGAAACAAUUAGAGACCGCUUCACAAGAUUCUAUGGCUGGAAGCUCUCAAGUGAACAUGAUACCUCAAAUUUCUAUUCGGGAUCCACUAGUCCAUACUAAUACUAAAGGUCGACCUAAAAGUGCAACUAGAAUCAAAUCAUCCCUUGAAGCACCAAAAAAGAGAGCUUGUUCUCACUGCAAGAAACUGGGUCAUUACAUCAGCAGUUUUCCAAAAAAGAUGAUGGAAGAAUCGUUACUAGAAAGAGAAGGAUGAAAUGUGACUCGGCUGGAAGAAUCAGCAAGUUUGCAAAUUUGUUAUGGUGGCACUAGUUUCAGUAUUGUAGAAAGUAAUUUUUUUUUUGUAGUUUUGCAAUUUCCUUUAUUAC